AUGCAAGAGAUAAGAGCUUCAAUUCCGAACUUGGAGGUACAAGUGGGUCAGUUGAGCAGGAGGGUACCUGAGAGACCUUCCAACACUCUUCCAAGCAACACAGAUGUGAAUCCAAAGGAAGAGUACAAGGCCCUCCCCAUGGGCAAGGAGGCCAAGCAUAGAGAGAUGCAUGCUGCUGAGGAAUUAAAGGAAGAAAAGGCUCAAGGAGAAGCUGGAAAAGCAUUGUUACAUGCCCCAUUAGUGGCACAAGAGCCUGAAGUACAACACUCUCAGAAACUGCAAGAGGAGACCAAGGAUGAGCAAUUCACUCAGUUCUUGGAAAUCUUUAAAAAGCUACACAUCAAUAUUCCUUUUGCUAAGGUGUUGGAGAAGAUGCCGCCCUAUAUGGCCUGGACCAUCACAUUUGAGAAGGCACUGUGUGACCUUGGUUCAAGCAUAAAUCUGAUGCCUCUCUCUAUGAUGAAGAAGCUAGGGAUUCAAGAGGCACAGCCCGAAAGAAUUGCACUAGAGAUGGCCGACAAGUCUCAGAAGCAGGCAUACGGAUUGGUGGAGAAUGUCCUAGUAAAGGUUGAUGACCUUUACCUCCCUACAGACUUUGUGAUACUUGAUAUGGAAGAGGAUACAUACAACUCCAUCAUCCUAGGAAGGCUAUUUCUAGCUACCGGAAGAGCCCUAAUUGAUGUAGAGAGAGGAGAGUUAUGCCUAAGGAUGCAUGAAGAUUAUUUGUUGUUCAAGAUUUUUAAACCUCAACCACUCUCUGACAAAGGAGCAUCUGGAGCUCACAUUGAUGGAGAUACCCUGAUUGGAGUUGAGAGGCUGAUCACAAAGAAGGGGGAAUUGACAUCAUCUGUUGAUCAGCUGAGGAUAGAGCAUCAGGAUCAUGCUGCACUCCUCCAUCAGAUGAUGGAGAAACAGAGGAGGUAG